GCAGAAAAAGAGAGACUCAGCAGGGAGGUGAAGGACCUCAAGCACAAGGUGAAGUUUCUUCAGGAUCAAUUGGUGCCAGUCACAAGGCAAAGAGAGUACCAGGAGAAGGAGAUUCUCCGACUAAAUAAGGCCCUAGAAGAGGCUCUGAACUUCCAAGCACCUCCUCAUUCCCCCUCAGCCUUCAAAAAUGAUCCUAACCCAAGUCUCCGGCACCAGGAAGUGAUGACCCAGAACGAGCUUCUGAAACAGCAAGUGAAGAUUUUUGAGGAGGAUUUCCAGCGGGAACGGAGUGACAGGGAAAGGAUGAAUGAAGAAAAAGAGGAACUGAAGAAGCAGCUAGAAAAACUUCAGAAGCAGAUGACCCUCACUAAUAACCAGCUGCGAAUUGUUAAAGAAGACUACCACAAAGAGAAGGAAGAAAAGGAUAAGUUUAAGAAACUGCUUAAACAGCACAAGCAGCAUUCGGGUGACAGACUGCAUCCCGAACCACAGCCAGGACAAAUUACCCCAAUCUGCCCCAUGUACCAGUUUCAGUGCUCUCCUCCAGUCCAACCACAUGCUUAUCAUGGUUUUGAGGACUGGCAGCAGAUCCGCUACCCACCCCCAGCGGUGGCCAAUGAGCAUCCUCCAAUUCAGAACUAUCAUCGUUUCCCACCU